AUGUCAACUUCAACGUUUUUAGCAGCUCUAAAAAGAUUUAUCGCCCGACGAGGGAAACCAUCUGAAAUUUCGAGUGACUGUGCAACUAACUUCAAAGGUCCUAGUAAGGAACUGAAGGAUAUUUAUAAAAAUGCAGCACGCAUUGAGAAAAGCAGUGAAUUAUGUGACUACAUUACCUCAGAAGGUAUAACUUGGUUAUUCAAUCCUCCGACAUCUCCUCACUACGGUGGCUUGUGGGAAUCUAUUGUGAAAUCCAUGAAAUUUCAUCUUAAACGAGCAUUAGAAUCCACACUUCUAACUUACGAGAAAUUUUUAACAGUGCUUACGCAAGUGGAAGCGUGUAUGAAUUCCCGUCCUCUUUGUGUGAUGUCUAAUGAUCCAAACGACUUUAGUGCAUUGACUCCAGGUCAUUUUCUGAUUGAAGCCCCUUUGCUUGCCAUUCCGGAAUCUGACUUGAGUGAUGUGAAUCUUCACGACUUAAACGUUGGUCUCUAG